CUUUUGCAAUCUGACUGAUCCUGAUCUGUGGAUGAAAUGAUUUAACCAAAUCGUCAGAAGUUUGUGCUAUUUCUCCAAAAUAUGCUAUUUAUAUGGUUUUUCCUUAAGUAUCGUUAAUCAUAAUUUAAAUUUUAAUAUAUUUAUUUGACUUUUUAUACAUUUUUAAUCUUAUUAGAAUAAAGUGUUGUAUGUUAGAAGUCAGCUGACGAACGUAAACAAAGCAUGUCAAUUUUGUACAUGUUGUGAAAUAUUUUUGGUGUAGUGCUUUGUUAUUUUUUAUUAAAACUAUCAUUAUGGAUAUCGAUGGAUCAUCUAUUCCUGGUGAAAUCGAUCAAAAUCUUCUUUUACAAUUUAGUUGUAUGAACACUACUGAUAGAGAGGAACUUGUAAGCCAAAUGCAAAGACUCUUAGGACCUAGUUUAAACCAUAACACAGCUACCUUCUUCUUGGAUAUGAGUAAUUGGAAUUUACAAGCUGCUAUUUGCUGUUAUUUAGACUACACAUUGCCACCAAAGCUUCCAUCAAUGUCAUUAAAAGCAGCUCAAAGUCAAGAAACUUCCAUAGGUCCUGGUAGCAGUUUUGAACAUUAUUGGAAUAUUGCAAAUACAGGAGCAGAAGCAUGGCCAGGCAGCUGUAGAAUAAUACAAGCAGGUGGUGAACAGUUUGGUGCACCACCAUUUUAUGUGCCUCCUUUACCUCCGGGACAAUCUACUACAGUCACAAUGAAAUUAGUAGCACCAAAUAAUCCGGGAACCCAUAGAGGCUAUUUCCAUUUGGUAACAGAUAAAGGUGACCAGAUAGGGGAUACAUUAUGGGUUGAAAUUAAUGUUGAGUCAGAGAUGACAAUGGCUCUUGUUGAGCAACUUGCUGCCUUGCCCGUCCCUAGUAGUAGAUUGGAAGAUUCCACUUCUCAGAUGCCAUCACAAGACGACCAAAUGUGUUGAUAUAUUUGUCACAAAAACCAUUGACUACAGGUUUAUUAUAAUUUUUACGAGUUUUAUUACAAUUUAACCAUUUGGGAUUUAUUUAUAUAGAUUUAGCAAAUUUAUUUUUCAACAUAUUAUAUUCUGUAGUUUUAAUCUAAUAAAUCUAUGCUCACAUUGUU